UUUAGUACUUGGUCACAUUGCUGAAUAAAACAACAAGAGAAGAAGAAGCGAAUCGUAAUUAUUGACAAGACCACUGCGCAAGAUGGUUUGCCUGCCCUGCUUCAUCAUCCCAUUGCUGCUGUUCAUCUGGCAUCGAUUUGUGCAGCCCAUUUUGCUGCGUUACUGGAACCCCUGGGAGAAAAAAGAUGCCCAGGGCAACAUAAUCAAGGCCGGACCGGAUUUCCCCUUCGAAUGCAAAGGCGGCGUCUGUCCAUAUGUGCCCGGUGGCAAGAAAGAGGCAAACGAUGCUGCCGCCGCGAUUAUCAAGGACGUCACUGACAAUGAGGGAGUGGCUGCCACUGCAUCAACAACUGAAUCGCUGCCUCAAACAACAACAGCGGAAUCCAAAAAACAAAAAUAAUCUUAAAUCUGUAUAGCUAUAGUAUAUAUAUAUAUAUUUUUUUUUUCCUAUUGUGUGUGUGUGGGUCUAAUACGCUUUAAUGAUGCACGCAUAGUUGGCAUUCCAAAAAUUGUCACAUCCAAAAAACCAACAACAGCAACAAAUUACGCUUAACGAAAAUGUUUAUUCAAAGAGGGCAAUGUGUCUAUAGCAUAAAAUGAAUGAUACUACUUGAA